CCUGCGCGUGCGUGCUGCGCAGCAGCUGCGAGGCGCUGAGGGGAGAGGCUCUGCUGCCAGCUCUGCCGCGGGGACCCGUUAGAGCGGAAGCACCGCCGCCGCCGCCUUCGCUUCCCCGGGGCUCCUGUUCCCGGCAGGUGAAGGCGGGAGCCAUGUCGAAGCGGCUCCGGAGCAGCGAUGUGUGUGCUGACUGCAGCGGGCCGGAUCCUUCCUGGGCAUCAGUAAAUAGGGGAACCUUUAUAUGUGAUGAGUGUUGCAGUGUCCAUCGGAGUCUUGGGCGUCAUAUCUCCCAAGUAAGGCAUCUUAAGCAUACACCAUGGCCUCCAACACUUCUUCAGAUGGUUGAGACAUUGUAUAACAAUGGUGCUAAUUCUAUAUGGGAGCAUUCUUUGCUGGACCCUGCUUCUAUUAUGAGUGGAAGACGAAAAGCUAAUCCACAGGAUAAAGUACAUCCCACUAAAGCAGAAUUCAUCAGAGCCAAGUAUCAGAUGUUAGCAUUUGUCCAUCGCUUGCCUUGCCGGGAUGACGAUAGUGUCACUGCCAAAGAUCUUAGUAAGCAACUCCACUCAAGUGUAAGGACAGGAAAUCUUGAAACCUGUCUGAGGCUGUUGUCUUUAGGAGCCCAAGCCAACUUCUUUCAUCCAGAAAAAGGAAACACACCACUCCAUGUUGCCUCCAAAGCAGGGCAGAUUUUACAGGCUGAAUUACUGGCAGUCUAUGGAGCAGACCCAGGCACACAAGAUUCUAGUGGGAAAACUCCUGUUGAUUAUGCCAGGCAAGGAGGGCACCAUGAGCUGGCAGAACGCCUUGUAGAAAUACAGUACGAGCUGACUGACAGACUGGCCUUCUAUCUCUGCGGCAGAAAACCAGAUCACAAAAAUGGACAGCACUUUAUAAUACCUCAAAUGGCAGACAGCAGCCUGGAUUUGUCUGAAUUGGCAAAAGCUGCUAAGAAGAAACUUCAGUCUCUAAGUAAUCAUUUGUUUGAAGAGCUUGCCAUGGAUGUGUACGAUGAAGUUGACAGGCGAGAAACUGAUGCAGUCUGGCUUGCCACGCAAAACCACAGCACCCUGGUAACCGAGACAACCGUGGUCCCCUUUCUUCCGGUCAAUCCUGAGUACUCAUCAACACGAAACCAGGGAAGACAGAAGCUAGCUCGGUUUAAUGCCCAUGAGUUUGCCACACUAGUCAUUGACAUUCUUGGCGAUGCCAAAAGGAGACAGCAGGGAAGUCCCCACUCAAGUUCAAAAGACAAUGUGGAGCUUAUCCUGAAAACAAUCAAUAGCCAGCACAGUACUGAGAGUCAGGACAACGACCAGCCAGACUAUGACAGUGUGGCGUCAGACGAAGACACGGACUUGGAAAGCACAGCAAGCAAGGCAAACCGGCAGAAGAGCCUAGAUUCAGAUUUAUCAGAUGGACCAGUCACUGUACAGGAAUUUAUGGAGGUCAAAAACGCUCUAGUGGCUUCUGAGGCCAAGAUACAGCAGCUAAUGAAGGUGAAUAACAACUUGAGUGACGAGCUGAGAAUUAUGCAGAAAAAGCUUCAAACACUCCAGAGUGAGAAUUCCAGCCUCAGGAAACAGGCCACAACCAAUGUAUAUCAGGUGCAAACUGGUUCUGAGUAUCCAGAAACUUCCAACCACUCUUCCUUAAAGCGACGUCCAUCUGCCCGGGGCAGUAGGCCCAUGUCCAUGUACGAGACGGGAUCAGGUCAGAAACCGUAUCUCCCAAUGGGAGAGGGGAACCACCCGGAGGAGAGCAGGACAAGACUCCAGCCCUUCCCUGCACAUAUCGGGAGGAGUGCGCUUGUGACCUCCUCUUCAUCUCUGCCUUCCUUCCCCUCCACACUUUGCUGGUCGAGGGAAGAAACCACCCGAAGGGCUUCCAGGCUAGAAAAACAGAACAGCACCCCUGAGAGUGACUAUGACAACACUCCCAAUGACACGGAGCCAGAUGACAUGGGGUCAGGCCGAAAGGGCAGGCAGAGGAGUAUGGUGUGGCCAACUGAUAGCUUAGUAUCAGAGGUGACAGAAACCCACGCAUCACCGAACCCCGCCCUUCCCAGCACCGAGGAUGUCAUCCGGAAGACUGAACAGAUCACCAAAAACAUACAGGAGCUCUUAAGAGCAGCCCAGGAAAAUAAACAUGACAGUUAUAUUCCCUGCUCAGAGAGGAUACAUGUGGCUGUUACAGAAAUGGCAGCAUUAUUUCCUAAAAAACCCAAGUCUGACAUGGUGAGGACUUCCCUUCGUUUAUUGACAUCCAGUGCCUACCGGCUGCAGUCCGAGUGCAAGAAGGCCCUGCUGGGGGACUCCGGCUCACCCACCGACGUCCAGCUGGUCACACAGCAGGUCAUCCAGUGUGCGUAUGAUAUCGCCAAGGCCGCCAAACAGCUGGUCACCAUCACCACCAAAGAGAACAACAACUGAGCAGCGAAGCACUGUCCCGUCUCCUUCCUAGGCUUUCAAAAGUCCAGUUUCAAAUUUAGACAUGGGACUCCUCAGAUUUUUACAAAAAAACAUUUAAAACUUUUUAAAAGAAAACUCAGUAUUAUUUUUGCAUGUUUUCUAACAAAUUUUUGACUAUUAAUUUAACCCACUUGCCUUAUUUUGUGCCUGUUUACCAGUUUAGUUUCUGAUGUCCUCUUGUGUUGUCUGUGACUGUCCAGGUCAGGAUCACAUACAUCCAGAAGUAGUUCCAUUGCUUAAAGUUUGUUAAAACUUUUCCAUCCCCUGAAACUUCCUGCCUAUGGGUAAAAGUAUAAAUGAAAUAUUUUAGUAAAACAUUUUCUUGAGAAAGUUAGAUUUUAAAAAAGUCAACAGUACCUGUUCCCUUCGAAGCGUUGUGCAAUACGUAAAUUUUUCAGCCUGCAAAAGUCUUAAGUUUGGGGUAACUCCAAGGUGUAUGCAGAGAAAAGACUUUGCCAUUUUCUAAAAAACAGUGUAACAACCUCUCUUGGAGGAAACAAUGAAUUGCUCUGCUUCUAAUUGUUCUAUCAUGUUAAAUGUUCUGUUAGGCUUUUUAAUCUUGAUUUUCCGUUUCUAUGUUCCUGUCAUCUUGAAGUCUCCAUAGAGUCAGAUAAAGAUUCACCUUCCACGUCGUGUCCCAUUUACCACGGUUCAGGGUAGGAGCACCCCGUCAUCGCCACCCAUGUCAAGCACUCUGCCUUACCCCAUAAGCCGGGCAGUUCAUUUGGAACACACGGCAAAGAGAAGCAUCCGUCUAACAAGCCAUAACUGAUUGUACACCCGUUCAGGUACCACUGCCACGAACUGCCAUUGCAUUAUACCUCUCCUCCAAAGUUCAGUUACCCCUUUAACCACUGACAGCUUCCCCACGUGAGCUCUUCGCAUGUCCUGUCAUCUGUAAGGACUUUAAGGUAAGAUGUAAACAGUCCUUUUAUUUUCUUCUGCUUGCCUUGCUGGUUCUUAGCAAGUAGACGUUAAGAGUUCUUUCAAGAGCUCCACAGAGAAUGUGCCUGCCUGACCAUAGCUCUCCCAAAGCGCUGAAAGAGUAGAGGUCCAGACCUAGAACCCACUGAGGCUGUGUCUUAAAUUACUCAGAAGCCUUCUGUGUGCUGUGAGAGCGCUUCCUGUUCUGCUUGUUGCAGGGGUCUCCUGGAAGGCAGCUCAGUCCCUGACCUGAUGAUGCGCUGUGAAGUGAGCCCCGUGCACAGCAAGGGGCGCAAGUGGGGCCAGCUGGGAAGCCCUGGCCUCCCAUCAGAAACAAAUUUGCUCACUCAUGUUGCCAGUGGAAAGUAGGACUGGGGUUGCCAAAGCUUUGAUUUUUUUUUUUUUUUUUUUUUUUUUUUUUUGCAAGAGACACCAGAAAUCUGAAAUUUUUGGUGCUACCUCUCUAAUUAUAAAUGUUGGCAUGUUCAUGGGAACCACAUGGGUGAGCUGUGACCUCCAAGCGGCCUCUCACAGCUCCCACCCCAGGGCCUGUAUUCCAUGCAGCGGGAGGGCCUCACUUCCCCAGCCAUACUGUGUUCACCCUGAGCAGGACCUGGCAGGCUGCUGUCUACCCACGUCGCCAUCAGCCCUCUUUUUACCCAGAUACUGUGUCCCACAGAGUCAUUUGUGAAGCAGUCAAAAUGAUGAAAGUACAGGUCACCUCCCCAUGUGUUGACCGAGCCUGUGUCUUCACAGACUGACUGUGAAAACUUUUACAGGUUAAUCAUACACUGUCACUGAACAUAGCAGCCUCGUGGUGUUGGGUUUACUAGGUCACGGUGUGGCUUGCUACACUGUGAGGAGCAUGGGACAAGGGUCCACAUCUCCAGCAGACUCAGCCACUGACAUGUCUGCACAGCCCUAAGUGCUGCAUCCCUGUUGGAUGCUCAGGAGAUGACUCUUGGAAGGAGCCCCCUACCUGAAGCUCAAGCACUGCCUGACACCUUUGUGUGCAUGCUUCGUGGACUUGCUGUCCCUCUUCUUCCUUGCAAACACCUGGCCCUCUGUCAGGCUCCCCAGGGUCCUCGGGGAAGACCCAGUGGCAAUCCUGAGCCGGUGCCCCUGGCCUCCAGAGAAGACAGACCUCCAUAGAGGCUCUGGGAAGGGAUUUGUCAGCAGUACACCCAAGUGCCUGCAGCAGGGGACAUUGUCUUUAUGCCCCUAGACAAAGUCAAGGAAUAUAGGGACCAACAAAGUAUUUCCAGCUGUGAGAACACCACAGAAGAGGUUGCCGGGUGAACCUGUGCAGAACUCAGGAGCUCCCACGUGGAGCAGCGGGCAGUGGGAGAUCUCUGCUCCUGUUGGCAGGUCGCGCCUGGUCUGCGUGCUUGUCCCAGCCCCUUUUGCACAUGGAUCCCAUUGCCUUGCACAAGCCUCGUCUGCAGCCCUUCAUGUGUUUUGUCACCCCUUCUUCCCUGAAACUGAUGGGACCGAGGUGCACUUUAUGAGCUGGCACUUGGCUAAUCAGAAGGAAGCAGCUCUACCCCUGAACUCCUUGGCACUGAACUCACCCUCCACUUCGGAAUGCAGACAGUUCUUACUUGCCAAGAACAAUGCAUCGGGCCCAAAGAUCAAGGACAGCAUUUCAUGGAAUUGGAACUAGAAACGCACAACUCGGGAGCUGCUUCCCAGUCCUCAGGCGACGUGAGUCGCACAAUGGAGUGAAGCUGCACGUCUCUGUGCUCAGCGGUCCCUGCGAGCCUCGGGCAGCCCGCUUUCUUUCCUUCCUCCGUCCUAGUUGAAAGGAAUCCUUGUUCUUACAAAAGAAAAUGCUGCAUAGGAAAAAUGAGAUGCCUUUUAUUCCAAGUGUUUUACGCGUGUCACUCAUUCUGUACUUUUCCUUUUCAUUGGACAUCCUGUUCCUGUAAGUAUUGGACCCUUCACGUGUUGUAAACUCGUUUUGGGAUUUGUGCCUGCUAGUUAUGCAAUAAACAGGCUCUGUAAGUGUC